AUGGCAGCACCUUUUUGGGGUCCUCAGACCUCUUAUUUAAACUUUUGUGAAGAGGAUUAUGUUAUCACACGGUACAUCGCUGAGUUUAUAAAUACUCUUAGCAGUUUCACAUAUGUGGCAUAUGGACUCUAUGGCUUGUUGACAUCGCCUAAAUUCCCGACUGGGCCACGCUUGGCCUCAUACUGUGGACUAAUAGGCGUGGGGAUAUGUUCAGCUGGAUAUCACAUGACCUUGAAGUAUCAUACGCAAAUGUCUGAUGAACUGUCAAUGCAUCUUCUCACCACACCCCUCAUCUAUCGUCUUCUUAGCUUCAAAGCCAGUCCUCAAAAGACUCGAAUCAUUGGGAUCGUUCUUUCAAUAUUGUUCACGAUUGUCAUGGUCACUCAUAUGGUCAUGGAUGAGUUCCUUUUACACGCAACUACGUUUGGCUUUGGCAUUUAUGUCAUUGCCACUCGCGUGCUGAAGGUUAUUCCUCAGCAGGUUAAGGAUCCGGUUAUCAGGAAGAAGUUUCAGAACAUGGCUAUUCUCGGACUUGGGUUCUUCGGCUUUGGAUAUAUAGUUUGGCUCAUCGACGAAUUCGCUUGCCGGUAUUUGACGAGUGCGAGACAUGCAGUUGGUCUGCCCUUUGCAUUUCUUCUGGAACUUCAUGGAUGGUGGCAUGUGUUCACCGCUAUCGGAGGCUAUACUGCCGUUGCGGUCAUCGAUGUCGUUACGACAGGGGAGGUCAUCGACGACCCUACAGACACCUUUGCCUGGCCCGUUCCGUUUGCGGCUAGGCUGAUGUCUGGAACUUCUGGGCCAGUGAAACAAGGCUGA